AUGCCACCCAACACCACACCCACAGCCCCACCCCACGACGCCGUCGAAGCCGCCCUCGACCUCUUCUUCCGCGCGCGCCACGACCCUUCAAUACAACCAUCCGCGUGGGACGACCUCGUCGCCACAUUCUCUGAAGAACAACUUGCGCAGCUCGAGGAUGCAACAAGCGUGCUGCGACGCAAUUGGCCGAGGCAUGUAACUUAUCCUAACCUCGUUGGGUUUGUGAGGUGGCAGGUGGAGAAGGCGGAGAGGAGAGACAAGGAGCUGGAUAGGAGGGAGAAGGAGGAUAAGAGGAGGGAGAGGGAGGAUAUGAGGAGGGAGAGGGAGGAUGAGAGGAGGGAGAGGGAGGAUGAGAGGAGGAGGAAGGAGGAGAGGGAGGAGGAGGAGGCUAGAGCGAUGUCAGAGAAGGAACGGAUGUGA